GCGCCAACUUGUGGAUUUAUCUUUCAUAGUUUCACUUUCUCAUCAGUUGUUUUCCACCCAUUUUAAAUAUUUGGACCUUACUGCACCCAUGGCCAGAUAAUAAAUCAGAAGUUGCUACUGUAUAACAUUGAGAUCCAGGACAAAGACCUCAAGAUGACUUCUAAGGUGCCAAAACAAAGAAGGAUGGCUUUUUCAGUAUGCAAGCGAGUUUGCCCACAUCUUCCUCUUAAUGCUAUUGAGGAAAUUCUCCUAAACCUCCCGGCCCAACAGGUGAUUUGUGUGUGUCGUCUGGUGUGUAACGAGUGGAAGUCAGUGGUGGACAGCACUGCGUUUUGGAGGGAGCGAUGCCGUAGGGAAGGAUUGAAGCCCCUCAAUAACAACAGAGUCCCAAGAAAUUGGCAAACGUUCUAUUUUCUAUGUAAGAAGCGCCGGAAUCUGUUGAAAAAUCCCAAUGCAAAUGAGAAAUUCACUGGCUGGAACAUCUUAGAAAAUGGAGGUGAUCGAUGGAAGGUAGAUCGAAUAUUCACACCUCAUCCAGAUGAAACUGUAACAAAAUGCUUCGUUACAUCUUACAGCCAAUGCAUAAAGAGCCAGCUGAUAGACCUUAAGAAGGAAGGUUAUAGUCCUGCGUUUAUGGAUGAAAUACAGCCCAAUAUUGUAAUAUCAGACUGGUAUGCUCCACGCUGGGACUGUGGCAGUUUGUAUGAAAUUCAUGUUGAGUUGCUCACUCAAAAGAAGAAGACAGUCCAGUUCUUUUGUCCCGACCAAGUGACAUUUCCACAAUGGAAUGAUCAGAAAUGGAUGAAUAUGACUCAUACAUUUAUGGACUAUGGACCUGGUGUUCGAUUCAUUCGUUUUAAACAUGGAGGGAGAGACACACAGUUCUGGGCUGGACAUUAUGGAAUACGGGUUACAAACAGUAGUGUGGAAAUUUGUCCUUCAGCUUAAGGAUAGUGUAUAAAAAGUACAUAUGUGUAAUUGAAGGAUCAGCCUCGGCUAUAAGUCAGAAGUUGUGCUGUAACAUUGCGACCCAGGACUAUAAGCACAAGACCAGGACCUCAAGAUGAAGUCUCAGGUGUCACUACAGAGAAUAGAGGCUCCUUAUUCAUGC